AUGUCGUUCUCUUUCGGGACCCCCGCCACUACUGGCGCCUCUGGUGGAAGUCUUUUCAGCACAGCGGGGAAUACUUUCGGCGCCAACAAGGAUAGCAAUGCGUCUAGUGGUGGCCUCUUCGGUAAUGUUGGAGCUUCGUCCGCGGGCAACAGUGCACAGCCGUCGUUGUUUGGAGCAAACUCUGCAAGUGGCCAAAGCACACCAACUUUCGGUAAUGCAGGCGCUUCCAAUGCGACCACCGGCGGUACCUCGGCCUUCAGCUUCGGCGGCAAGGCUCCAUCCGGAACUGGCACGCAGCCCAACUCACUCUUCGGCGCCGCUGCCAGCAACCAGACUCCCAACAAGUCUACAGAAUCGACCACACCAGCCAGCAACGCACUGUUUGGUGGCGCAGGCACAAAGAGCUUGUUCGGCAACGCGGCCCCAACGGCUACCCCAGCUCCCGCGGGAGCCAAUUUGUUUGGCAAUAACUCCACCACCCCUGCUGGUCCCCCGCCUGCAUCCAACCCACCCAGCAGCUUGUUCGGGGCCGCGAAACCAGCAGACUCGACUACCCCCACCGCAGCGCCGUCGUCUACCACGCCUGCUACCUCACAGGCGCAGCCAUCUAACAAUAUGUUUGGAGGAGGAGCAACCAAGUCGCUGUUUGGAGGUGGCGCAACCGCUGCUGCUCCCAGCGGCGGUCUAUUCGGUGCAAACAAGCCGGCCGAGUCAACCGCUCCUACAACUGCUGCAGAGACCACUCCUAAAUCACUCUUCGGCGCAGCACCGUCUUUGUCGAACAAUACGGCUGCUCCCGGCAGCGACUCCGCUUCGAAGUCUGCAUUCCCGACACUCGGCGCUCCUGCCUCCACACCAAACACAACUCCCUCCCUCGGAGCCCCCGCCACGUCGAGUGCUACCCCCCAAAAGUCUCUUUUCCCUUCCACCGGAAGUGCCACAUCCACAGCUGCUCCCUCCACUACUCCGGCAACAGCCCCUCUUGGAGGAGGCCUGUUUGGGGCCUCGGCUCCCUCCACUACUCCAGCUACUGCGGCCACUGCCGCGCCUGCUACUACUACAGCUGCUGCACCUACGGGCGGCUUGUUCGGCCAAGCUGCUACUACACCUUCGAGUCAGCCAGCGACCACCACCACUUCAGCACCCCUUGGUGGCCUCGGUAAUAAAACGACUACUGCUCCGACUACAACCGCUACCGGCGCUGCUCCAGCUGGGCCCGCCGCCCUUGGCCAGUCUACUACAGGGCCCGCUCCUCCAGCCCAGUCACGUCUGAAGAACAAAACCAUGGAUGAGAUCAUCACCCGAUGGGCUACAGAUCUCGGCAAAUAUCAAAAGGACUUCCGCGAGCAGGCGGAGAAGGUUUCCGAAUGGGACCGUUUGCUGGUGGAUAACGGUACCAAAGUUCAGAAGCUGUACGGCAGCACUGUUGAUGCGGAUCGAGCUACCCAGGAGGUUGAACGCCAAUUGUCAGCGGUUGAAGGUCAACAGGAUGAGCUCAGCUCAUGGCUGGAUCGAUACGAGCGCGAAGUCGACGAGAUGGUUACCAAGCAGGUGGGCCCUGGAGAGUCCCUCCAAGGACCGGACCAGGAGCGUGAGACAACUUACAAACUGGCCGAGAAGCUCUCGGAACGCUUGGACGAAAUGGGCAAGGACCUUACCAGCAUGAUUGAAGAGGUCAACGCUGCUUCAUCCACAUUGACCAAGACCAACAAGGCAGAUGAGCCAAUUUCGCAAAUUGUCCGUAUUCUCAACGCACACCUGUCCCAGCUGCAGGUCAUCGACCAAGGCACCUCGGAUCUGCAGUCCAAGGUUACCGCCGCCCAAAAAGCAGGCCAAUCGAUCUCUGCCCGUCUCGGAUACGGCUAUCCUAGCAAUGGUAUGGGCAACAACAACACCGCUGAUGAUUUCUACCGCUCGUUCAUGCAAGGGCGGUAA